AUGGAAAAUAGGCUUUCGUUAGGAUUUAUUGCCUCUCCCACCACUCGCCAUUAUAGACCUUACGUAAAGAAGAAUAAGAAUGACAAUGUUCUUCUCUUUACAGUUCGAGACCAUCCUUCACAUCAUGUCACAAGGUUACGACAUUCAAGGCAUCUCGAUGGGUACCUGCCUUUACAUUCAUCCCUUCCGAGGAGAUACUUUACCCCUGCCUCUCCGAAGCUGGCUGUGAAGGACAAUCACAAGCCUCUCUUCACUGAAUGCCUAAACUAUAGGCCAACCCUGAAAGAAGAGCAGCCUGUAGGAACAUAUGUGUUCACGGUUCAUGCCGAAGACCGGGAUCCACCCGAAAUGGGUGGUACGGUUACUUACAAAUUCGUCUCAACUCCUGGUGAGAAGGAAAGAUUUCAUGUUGACCCAGAGACUGGAAGAAUUACUACAGCUGAUAUAUUUGACCACGAUGAACCAUCACGUGAGAAAGAAGCAUAUAUAACAGUCCGGGCAAGUGAUAAUGGCCAGCCCCAAUUAGACGACGCGUGUACUAUUAAAAUACUUAUAGAAGACAUCAAUGACAACCAGCCGGUCUUCGAUAAAGUGGUCUUCCGAGGAGACGUUUGGAAGGAUCGUAAGCCGCCACUCAAGGCAUUAUCGUCGUAUUCGGAGUCAGUGCCCCAAGAUCUGCCGAGCGGUCGUGAGGUGAUGCGAAUAUCUGCUACGGAUAUAGAUGAUGGCAAUAACUCGAUCGUACAUUACAGUCUCGAUUCAAAUUCGCCGGAUCAGGCCUAUUUCUACAUCGAUCCUGAUAACGGCGUCAUAUUUCUGAAUAAGACUAUUGACAAAGUGCCAGGCUACAAAUUCAAGUUGAGCGCGAUAGUAAAAGACAUGGGUGAUCCACCGCAACAAAGUUCGAUUACUUUAGACAUCCAAGUCGUUGAAUCUAACAAGAAAAGCCCGUCUUUCAUCGAAGUGCCCGAUGAACCGAUAAGAUUAAAAGAAAAUUAUGCUGACUUCAACACCCCGAUAGCAACUGUGAGAGCAGUAUCAAACAUUCCGGAAGAAAAGAAAUUACAGUUUGAAUUGGUUAUGGGUCAGACGGAACAAACGAAUAAAUGGCACACGUUUGUCUUGGAACCAGAGGCUGAUUCCGCAUACAUAAAACUCGGUAACCAUUUGGAUUACGAGAAAAUAACAGAUUACACAUUGACUGUUAGAAUUCAAAAUAAUUAUAAAUUAGCAGCUGAAACUAUAAUUCAAAUAGAAAUUGAGGAUGUAAAUGAUAAUAUUCCUAUAUUCAGUGAAAUAAGAUCUGGUAGUGUAUUAGAAAAUGAACCUCCCGGUACACCCGUAAUGCAAGUUAGGGCAUUCGACGCUGAUGGGACGUCAGCCAAUAACCAAGUCACAUACGAAUUAGGAGACCCAUCGGAUCCAUUCGCUAUAGACAGCAUAACAGGAAACAUCACAACAUUAAAAAUGUUCGACAGAGAAGAGAGAAGUUUCUACAACAUAAAAAUUAUAGCCACUGACAAUUCUGAAUCAGCUCUCAUACCUGGCAAACAUAACGCCGGCCAACAGGUUUUUCUUAUAGAGAUAGCUGAUAAAAACGACAAUCCGCCACAUUUCACACAGGAUACGUAUGUAGCUGAGUCAAUAGCUGAGAACGCUAACAUUAACGAGCUCGUCACACAAGUUACCGCGUUGGAUAUAGAUACAGCAUCCGUGGUAACAUAUAGCAUAGUAGCCGGUAACACAUACGACGCGUUUGUGAUACGUAAUUUCACUGGUGAAAUUCGGGUCAACAAUGAACUCGAUUACGAAAAUAUAACCAGCUACAGCUUAGACGUGAGAGCUUUUGAUGGCUUGUAUGAAGACUACGCGAAGGUCCUCAUAAAGAUUGAGAACCUCAACGACAAUCCUCCGGUCUUCUUGGCCAAUUACACGAAGACCAUCGAGGAAGAAAAGUUAUAUGAAGGAUGCAUUGUAAAGGUCGAAGCCUACGAUCCAGAUUUAGACAGAAACGAACCACAGAACAUAGUCUAUUCUCUGGUGAAGCACGAACAGAAAGAGUUUCUUCAAAUAGACAACGACGGUUGUUUGCGACUGACAAAACCCUUAGACAGAGAUCAGCCUUCAGGGUUCACGAGGUGGCAGAUCCUUAUCAUGGCUGCUGAUCAUGGAGGAAGACUUGGAUCAGACAGUCUGCGAUCAACCACAGAAGUUAUAUUGGAACUGACUGACAUCAAUGAUAACGCACCUUUCUUGACUAAUACUCAACCCGUCAUAUGGUACGAGAAUGAACCUCCCGGCCAAGUUGUUAUACUAACAGCUAAAGAUUACGAUUCAGCUGAAAACGGACCACCUUUUACAUUCGCUCUUAACGAGUCUGCAAGCUUCGAUAUACGAUCCAAAUUCCACAUACAAGGAAACAUUCUAUCUACGUUGGUUUCCUUCGAUCGUGAACAACGCAAGGAGUACAAGAUACCAGUAGCUAUAACAGAUUCUGGGACACCUAGAUUAACAGGCGUUUCCAUUCUUCAUAUUGUCAUCGGAGAUAGAAACGAUAAUCCCAUGGGACCCGGCCACAGUGACAUCUUUGUCUACAACUACAAGACGGAAACGUACUUCAACGAAAUAUACAGCUGGAGAUAUUAUGGGGAAGCACCAGAUACGGAAAUUGGCCGCGUGUUUGUAAAUGACCCUGAUGAUUGGGACUUACCUGACAAACGGUUCAUGUGGCUACCUUCCUACGAACAAAGAAGCCCUUACUUCGACGUCCAUAGUAAUACUGGGAUGAUUACUAUGAAGGAGGGAACACCUAACGGAACUUACAUGCUCCGAUUUAAUGUGACGGAAGUAAACGAGCCGUUAGUGCCUUUUCACUGGGUAGAGGCUACAGUAAAUGUGACGAUAAAAGAAAUACCCGAAGAAGCUGUUGACAAAUCCGGUUCAAUCAGAUUCCUGAACAUCACCGCUGAAGAGUUUAUUGUACCAGAAGCUGAUGGCACUAGCAAAAAAGACAAACUUCAUCGUCGUUUAGCAGAUUUAUACAACAAAUCUAUGGACAAUGUUGAUGUAUUCACCGUUUUUACCAAACUUACUGUCAAAGACGCCUUCCUUGAUGUAAGGUUUUCAGCCCACGGAUCCCCAUACUUCGAAGCUGAGAAAUUGGACAGUAUGGUUGUGGGGAUACAAGAAAAGUUGGAAGAUGAGCUCGGCAUCAGGAUAUAUAUGGUGAAGAUAGACGAAUGUCUGAUAGAGAAGGAACAGUGCGAAGAUUCCUGUAGGAAUGUACUCAUCAAAAACAAUGUACCGCUCUCCGUUUAUACGAAUACCACCAGCUUCGUUGGAGUAUCAGCGAGGGUUGAAUCUGAAUGCACUUGUGAUGUGGAAGAACCGCUCGUUUGUUUGAACGGAGGUACUCCAUUCGCUGAUAAAUGCGAAUGUCCUGAAGGCUGGAACGGUCCUCAUUGCGAGCAGACCAGUAUCGGUUUCCAUGGCGACGGCUGGGCCAUGUACCCCUCCCCACCAGCGUGCCACGAGGGUCACGUGACACUCACUCUGACGUCACACACUAGCAACGCUCUGGUCUUCUAUCUUGGACCGUUGAAAUUCAACCCGCUUUUAGAUGUACAAGAUUUCAUGUCUUUAGAACUGAUAGAUGGUUAUCCGAUACUAUUAGUGAACUACGGUUCUGGUACGACACGUCUUAAUAACAGUGUUGUACAUGUAGCUGAUGGUAAACCACAUUUGAUAGAGAUAGUUCUCAUGAGGAGUUCCAUUGAAAUGUUUGUGGAUAGAUGCAAGCUAUCGACAUGUAUGAGCCUUGCAGCCCCUACUGGACCGAGAGAAAUAUUAAAUGUCAACGGCCCCCUCCAAUUGGGUGGGGCGAGCGUAGAUUUACAAAGUCUAGCUAGAUCGUUCGGAUGGCGUUACGUGCCCACAAAUCAGCACUUUAUGGGCUGCAUCAGCAAUUUUACGUACAACGACUACAUGUACAAUUUAGGAAAGCCGUCCGUUGAACGGAACGCAGAUCCCGGAUGUCAGAAGAGUGUAUUCACAGCCGUUACAUUUGGCAUCGAUACCAACUUUCUGGUCGCUAUACUUGUGUGCAUCGCGAUAUUAAUAAUUCUCCUCCUGGCUGUGGUUGUACAUCGGAAACGAGCUGAUGCAUGGGCGGAGAAAGAGUUAGACGAUAUAAGAGAAAACAUCAUCGCUUAUGAAGAUGAAGGUGGCGGCGAAGGAGACGCUGGCUACGACUUGCACGUACUGAGACAAAUGUACGAUGGACCUCCACCGGAUAACGAACCAGCAUUCAUGCAUGUACCAGUGGUAGGCGCAGCUCCCGAUAUAUCAGGAUUCUUGGACGACAAAAAAUCCGUCCUGGAUCGAGAUCCAGAUAUCAAUCCGUACGAUGACGUGCGUCACUACGCGUAUGAAGGAGAUGGGAACACUAGCGGAUCGCUAUCUUCGUUGGCUAGCUGUACCGACGACGAAGAUCUCAAAUUCAACUACCUAUCUACAUUCGGGCCUCGUUUCCGUAAGUUGGCGGAUAUGUAUGGAGACGACGGUGAAGACCGUCAGCACGAGGAGUCCUGGUGCUAG